AUGAUUAUCUUGAAGGGAGAGUGCGAUCUUUAUUGCGAUGCCAAUGAAAAUGGCAUACGAUCAGAAUUGGUUAACUUAUUUAAAACAAAACUUCCAUUCAUAACAAAUGGCGAUUUUGACUUUGUCAGACGUGAUAGGAAUAUUAUCUCUAGUCUUGUAGUAAAGAAGGAACAUGUGUGGGAUUUCAAACAUGUAAAACAUCUUUGCGGAACUGGACGCUUGUAUAUCAGACUCAAUGUAUCCAAAGACACACUAGUCGUGGAUGAGGAAGGUAGUAUCACCGAGACACCAGCUCCUGCUCCAAGUACAAGUUUGCCUUCGACCAGUGCUGAGGCUGGACCUAGUGGGUUACAUGCUUUUAGUGGCUUUGGGGAUCUCUCUGCAAUCUCCCAGAACACUACAUCAGAUGCUGGCCUUGGUACUGUUUGUAGUGAUGACGACGAGAAUGAAUUAAGACCUUCAGGGGCAAUCAAUUCACCACUUAUAGAUCAACAGAAAGUGGAUAACCUUGCUUCAAUCUUUCCCAGGAUUCCGAGAGAUGUAAUUGAAAGUGCUGUAAUGACCUGUGGCAGUUUGAACUCUGCUGUAAAUGUUCUUUUACAGUACAAUGCAGUACGCAAUGACCCUGUUGCUAUUAUUGAUGACGACCACACUCCAGAGAUCUCAAGUGGACCAGAAACUCUUCCUCACAUGCUGCAACGUUUAAGGUCAAAGAUGCAACCAAGGGGAACUCGUGAAAAGAUCAAGGUUGAUCAAGAUGAUCUAGUAAUGGAUGUUUAUAGCUUCUACAAAAGUCCUGACUUUGACCCUACAGUUCCUGUUUUUGUGUUACUAAAGGGUCAGCCAGCUAUAGACAGUGGUGGCGUAUUACAGCAGGUAUUUAGUGAUGUUUUUUAUGCCAUGGCAAACAAUGAAGGAAUUAAGAAUGUUUUUAAUGGAGAUAAAAACAGCAAAGUACCUGCAUUCAGCAAUGAACUAGUUGUGAAUGGACUGUUUGAAGUGUUGGGUAAAAUGAUAGCUCACAGCCUCAUCCAGUCAGGUCCAGGAUUCCCAUACCUGUCUCCUACCAUUUACUGGUAUCUGGCAUUUGGUGAUCUACAGAUUGCCAUCCAGAAGGCCACAUGCUCAGAUGUGGAUGACAUUGAACUUGCCGAGUACAUCAAGAGGGUAAGUUUAUUGUUUGUUCUAUACAGUGAAACCUGUAUUAAGUGGACACCUGCAGGACCUUUGCUGGAGUCUGCUUAAUGAAAGGUUGUACAGAAAACAUGUGAAGAAACCUUUGAAAAAAAAAACAAAUAGACAAACCAUUCAUCUGCUUAAUACAGGUUUCACUACGCUUUGGUUCAGUUUUGUUCCUGGUUUAAAUUUUUGGUUCUCUUAAUUUGUGUUGACUGCCACACAUUUACAUACAAUGGCAGUAGACAAUACUAAUAGUAAGGGACAUUUGAAAUUAUCAUUGAUAACCAUAUCCUAUACUUGCAGGUCACAGAAGCACCAGCUGAUGAGCUUAAUGUGAUUGCCUUUGAAUCUGGCUUUAUCAGAUUGUUAUCUGAAGCUGGAGAGAGUAGAAUACUUACAGUAAGUAGAACCCUAAUUUAUUAUGUAGUAACUAGUUAGAUAGGGCACAUUUAGUUAACACUACAUGGUUUAAAUAGAGGCAAAGAAAUUUAUAUUUUGCAGUUUGGAGGUCCGUUAAAUUGUUGGUUAACUGUGAAAAGAAGUAGUUUUGUUAAAACAUAGAAAAAAGCUGAUCAAUUACUGGUAGUCAAGCAGUGUGCCCUGCACCAUGCUUGUCACCAAUAAUUCAAGCAACAGGUUACAAUAAUUUAUUAUUGUAACCUGUUGCUGUAAAUAAUUGACAGUAAUAAAACAAUUAAAUAAUGUAUUCUUGCAGGCUGAUAACAAACUCAAUGUCCUCCAGUCUCUCAUGCUUCACAACAUUCUAGUGAAGAAGAAGGCAAUUCUUGAUCAAUUUAGAAAGGGGCUGUCAAUCCUUGGUUUGUUAGAUGAAAUACAAAGAAAGCCAGAGAUGUUUGAAGAAUGCUUUGUCUACCAAGGCAUAGUAAGUAAUGAUUCUGUGGCCAGAAGCCUUCAUUUCCCAGCCUCUGAGGACAAGAAUGCUCAAAGGGUAUUCCAGUUGCUCCAGACAUUCAUCAAGAAUUGUAAUGCAGAUGGCCUCGAUGAUUGCCUGAGGUUCGUCACUGGUACAAGGUGCUCAGCAAAAACCUUCCUUCCACGACGUAUAACGGUCUCUUGUGAGAAUACAAACAGCAUUUUUGCAUCAACUUGCUUGCUGGAGCUAAAGCUUCCAAACCAUUUCAGAAAUUAUGCUGAGUUUGAGGCGGCAAUGCAUUCGGUGAUUGGUGGAAACACAUUCACAACAGGAUGA